AUGAAGCAACCAAAUUUUAUUCUUUCUUUAAUCAUCCCAGGUCCCAAUGGUCCAGGAAACAAGAUAGAUGUGUAUAUGCAACCUUUGAUAAAAGAAUUGAAGGAGUUAUGGGAAGAUGGAGUUUCUACAUUUGAUGCCUCAACGAAACAAUACUUCCAGUUGAAGGCAUCUAUUAUUUCUACCAUAUCUGACUUUCCAAGCUAUGCCAAUCUGUCCGGGUGGAGCACUAAAGGAGCACUUGCAUGUCGUGUAUGUGGUUUUGAUACCGAUUCCAAUUGGCUUAGUCACGGACGAAAGUACUGUUACAUGUGUCAUCGAAGGUGGCUUCCAUCUGACCAUCGUUGGCGUUCAGAUACUAGAUCCUUUGUUGGACACCAUGAAUUUAGAGUUGCUCCUGUUCCUUCUUCUGGAGAGGAGGUUCUACAACAACUAGAUAACACUGAAUUUCUUGUCGACAAGGAUGUCCCUGGUCCAUGGAAAAAGAAAAUGGGGACUUUAUUGGGACAAGAAGGAAAGUCAAAAGAUAACUAUAAAACAAGACUUGACUUGCAACAAAUGGGUAUAAGAAAGGAACUGCAUCCAAAGAAGCGGCCUAGAAGUAAUAUCACCUUCAUGCCAAAAGCUUGCUAUCAAAUGACUCGGGGUGAAAAGACUGAAUUUUUAAAAACCCUUAAGUCAAUUAAACCUCCCGAUGAAUUUUCAUCUAAUAUCUCUCGAUGUGUACAGUUAAAUGAGUGCAAACUAAUUGGGAUGAAGAGUUAUGAUUGUCACUUGUUGAUGCAAGAAUUUUUGCCUAUUGCAUUACGUGGAACUUUACCAGACCAUGUAAGCUCGGCUAUAAUUGAAUUAUGCAAUUUUUUUAAGAUCAUUUGCUACAAGGAUUUAUCUGAAGUCGAUCUGCAUUUUAUUGAGUCUAAAGUUGCUGUCACUUUAUGCAAACUAGAGAAGAUAUUUCCUCCUUCAUUCUUUACUGUAAUGGUGCACUUGGUGAUCCAUUUAACAACAGAAGUUAAGCUUGGAGGUCCUGUUGCAUUUCGGUGGAUGUACCCUAUUGAAAGGGACCUUUUGAAACUUAAGUCAUACGUUCAUAAUAGAGCUCAUCCUGAAGGAUCAAUUGCUGAAGGUUAUUUAGCUGAGGAAAGUAUAACAUUUUGCUCUAGGUAUCUAUCAAAAGUAGAAACCGUCUUCACUAAAGCAAUUAGGAAUGAUGAUGAGGGUCACCAAAAUCACAUUGAAGAAUCCAACAAUCUUUGUCCCGGUCGUGCCAUAGGUCAUAAAUUGCAUUUGGGCGUAUCUAUUCGCAAAAGAAGGAGAUCUUCAAAUUCAAACAUUGAUGAGAAGUCUCUCACUCAAGCACAUCGUUAUGUAUUAUUCAAUGUUGAGGAUCACAAACUCAUAAUCAAGGGACAAAACCGUUCUCGUCGGAUGCCAGAUUAUGAAAUGAACAAGAUUCACUGCCAACAGUUUGCUGGUUGGUUCAAGAAAAGGGUUGCACGUAUGGAAGAGCAAGGGGAUGAUGUAACGGAAGAGAUAAAAUGGCUUGCUCGUGGUCCACUUAAAAGUGUGAAACGAUACUCUGGUUACCUUGUUAAGGGUUAUCGUUUUCACACAAGAAAACGAGAGAAAUCACUAAGAACCCAAAAUAGUGGUGUCGUUGUUACUGUAGAAGGUGCAAGUUAUGCUAGUAGUCGAGAUAGAAGGCCUGUUCAUGGUGUGACUAACUACUUUGGUAAAUUGAAUGACAUUAUUGAGUUAAACUACUCAGGUCAAAUCCGAGUAGUUUUAUUCAAAUGUGAUUGGGUUGACAUCAAUAGGGGCUGCAAGAUAGAUAAUGGUUUAACAUUGGUUAAUUUCUCAUACAAGGCACAUACAGGGGCUAAUUUAACAGAUGAUCCAUUUGUAUUGGCAGCACAAGUUGAUAAGGUGUUCUAUAUAACAGAUCCUAAGCACAAAGAUUGGGAGGUCGUGAGACAUGUAAAAGUAAGAGAUGUAUUUGACAUGGGAAGUGUUGAUGAUCAAGUUGGUCCUUAUUCGAAUGAUUGCACAUUUGAUGUGCCUAACUUGCAUAGGAUUGGGGAUGAUGGUGAAGAUGGCAUAGACAUUACGCCCGAUAUGGAAUGUGAAGUAGAUGUUGAAGAAAACGAUGAUGAGGGCUCGGGUUAA